AUGUCCUCAAGCAUUGAUUCAGUAACACCACUUGUUUCAGAUUUAUGGAAGUCAUUGAUAAAAGAGGAAGGACAAAUUUUUGAUGGUAUUGUUAAUGUUCGAGAUGUACUACAUAAGUUUGCACUAGCCAACCGAUUUAUGUUCAACUAUAAGAAAGCUUGGCGGGGUAAAGAGAAGGCAAAAGAGGCAGUUGAUGGGGGGCCCUUUCAUGGUUAUAUGCUUAAAGCAACGGCUUUGGAUGCUAAUAAUGGGAUAUACCCGGUGGCAUUUAAGAUUGUAAAAUCAGAAUCAUUAGAGAAUUGGCUUUGGUUUCUUGAAAAUCUAAAAGCAGCAUUGAAUGAGGACAGAGAAAUAAUUAUCAUAUCUGAUAGAAGUCAAAGUAUUAUUUCAGCUGUUAGGCAAGUAUAUUCUGAUGAGAUGCAUGCACAUUGCUUCCGCCACUUGAAGGAAAAUUUCUUAAAAUUCCUAGAAAAAUAUCAUUUGUCAAAAGCAACAAAGGGGACUCUUGAAGAUCAUUUAGAUAUAAUUGCUUAUACAUUUCAGGUGAAGGCAUGUGAUAGAGCUCUAGAUCGAAUGAAGAGAUUGUGUGCAGAGGCGUAUGAUUGGGUAAUAGAAAGUGAACCUAAACACUGGGCUAAAUGCCAAUUUCCAAAGAAAAGAUACGGUAAAUUGUAUUCGAAUGUUGCUGAAAGUUUUAAUGGAUGGGUUCUAAAGGAGAGAGAAUUGCCAAUUAUGGGAAUUAUUGAGAAGACUCGUGAGAAGUUAACAAAGUACAUUUACAAAAGAAAAAAUAAGGCGAUCUUAUGGAAGCUUUUAGUUGGAAAAAGAAUUGAUGAAAUUUUAGCUUUGAAUGUAAAGCUAGGUGAGAAGAUGCAAAUCAUGUCGUGCUCAACUCACAUAUUUGAGGUUCGUGAAAUACAUGGAAACUUUGGUGUGGACAUAGAGAGGAAAUCAUGUGGCUGUGGUAAGUGGGAGGCUACUGGACUCCCUUGUGAGAAUGGAUGCGCAACCACCAUGAAGGCAAAUUUAAAUGUGUAUGAUUUUGUUGAAGAGUGCUAUCAUAAGGAAACACAAUGUCAAAUAUAUUCAGAAACCAUGCGUCCAGUCCCAACUCAUGAUAUGCCAUCUUUAGAUUUUUUUGAGGAUGAAACUGAUGAUGAUGGAUAUAUUAAUGAGUUAAGUGAACCUGACAAGUUACUUCCACCCCGAUGUAAAAAACCACCUGGUCGUCCACGAAGAAAAUGA